CACCAGGCUCAGCUUAUUGAGAAGAGGAGCACACCGAGACCACGAUGCUGUGCCGACUUCACCUUGCAGCACCUCAGAGCCCCCUGCGAAGCCGAGGCUUAUGGCCCAGGACCAGUUCGCUCUUCGAGGAGCUGGAGCGGGAAAUGGAUUCUAUGUGGGAGCUCCUUACCAGCAACUGGCGGCCCACAGCCAGUAGCACAGCCCCCCAAGAGACCGACCAGAGCUUGGAGGCAGCAAACACCAACGACACAUUUGCAGUGACUCAAGACAUGGCUGGAUUUGACCCCCAGGAACUGGUGGUGAAGCUGGUUGGGGAGAAGGUGGUCCUGACGGGCAGGAAGGCCACAGAGAUGCCCCACGGUCCUUUCCGCUAUGAGCUCUUCCGGAGGGAGUGGGACGUGCCAGAGAGCGUGGACCGAGACCGUCUCAGCUGCUCCAUCUCCAGCGACGGACAGCUCCGCAUUGAAGCUCCUGUGGCGGAAUCAGCCAUGAGGACGGUGCCCAUUGCGGUCAACAGAGUGAGAAACGAAGCUCAGCCAGCAGCUGAAGAACCCAUACCCACAGAUAACAGUCGGGCUCAAGGAUGAAGGAGGCGGCUGGAUGGAAGAGACUUUUUUAAAGAUUUGCUGGAAACCAUGGAGAAAUGUGCAUUGCUAAUAAAUAUUUUAAAUAUGGAAUUAUACGCCCUGGUGGACAAUCAAUUCUCAGAUGAACUUGGGGAGGGGGGAGUGUAGCAG